AUGGCGGCAUCAACUAGGGACCUAUUAAUAAAACUGCCGACAAGCACAAUACUUGAAACAAGACUAUCCACAACGACUUCAGGGGUUCCCGCACUGACGACCGUUCUCAAUCUGCCAUCCUCGUGUCUAGCUGAUAUAUGGCUUGAUUUUUGUUACGUACCCUCAACCUCUGACAGCGACGUAAUCUCUGACAUAUAUGACUAUGUACGCCUCGGCCCACGACUGUGGGAUUCUAACUGUUUCCCAUUGGGCUAUUCCCCAGAAACAACGGAUUCCGUGUUUUAUUCUCCAGGGGUAUGCCCACAGAGCUAUAUACAAGCAUGUUCGAGUAAAUUUACCGCUGGCACUGUUACAGAAACCCAGGCAAUAUGCUGUCCGACCGAUUACUCCUGUCAAAAAAAUACCGAUUGGCCGUGGCGACUCACGAAUCAAUGUGUAUUUCGACUUUCGUCUACGUCAAUCUUCCUAAUAACGAACUCGUUGGCUGGGCCAAUUAGCUCUGUCACAGAGACAGCAACGAGUGGUUACGAGAUCAAUGCUUACGGUAUCAGUAUCAGAUACCAGUCCAGUGAUUUUGUAUCAGCGCCAACAAAAAUCUCUUCUUCCUCUACUUCUCCAUCAACCGCGGCAACCACAGGCACUUCCCCACCCACGUUGAUCGCAACAUCAGCACCAGAAACAAACCACCCUUCAGGCCUAUCCAGUGGUGCAGGAGCAGGCAUCGGUGUUGGCGUAACUAUUGCAGUGUUUGCUCUAGUUGGUUCUGGUCUUUUCUAUUUCUUCCGUCGUCGACGAUCAACUUCAACCACGUAUGAAGCGACAUCAGUGACACCAAUGACGCCAACGCCACCAACACCGCCGUCGGAGUCACACGAUAGAUCAGAACUGGUCGGUAGCCAGGUAUACACAGAACAUGAAUUUGAACACAUUCCACGACAGGACGUUGUUACCCUAGCGCAGCCUCCGAGUCAUUCGGACCUAGUCCGGCCGGGAUCAGGUAAAGAGUGA